AGCUCUAACCUCACUGUCUCUUUCGUCUCUUCUAGAGAGAACACCCAAGAAACCGACGUUGAGAAUCAACAGGAGAGAGAAAGAAAGAGAGAAAAAGAGGGAAAGAGAUCGGAAAAUGCAUAAAGUUUUUAUUUUUGUUUUUGGGUUUUCUUUUGAAUUUUUCUUUUUCUUUUCAAAAUUAUUGUUAACGUAACCAAAAAGCUAGAACAAGAAACAUACAAGGGAAGAGAAGCAGAGGUCGCCAUGUAUAAAAUAAAGAAGCUUCCUAUGUCUUGUUACACUUACCAAAUUAUUGAUUGAAACCCUAACCUUAACCUGAUUUCGCUCUUUCGCUCUCUCUCUCUCUCUCUCUCUCUCUCUCUCUCUCUGUGGGUUGCUUCAGAAAAAAGAACCCUAAUUUCCUAGUGGGCGAGUGAGAAAGAGCUAGAAAAACCCUUAAUUGUGGUGUGAUUACUGUAAAUUAUCGAUGAGAAGGAUUGCGAUUGGGGAGGAGUUAAAGAUCGAAGCUGGAGAGGCGUAGAUGCAUGUCGCGGGAGUGAACUUGGAUCUGAAUUGGUUCCUUCAAUUCAUAUUUACUGCGUUUAUAAUAGCGUUUGGAUUGCUACACUUUGUGAAGAACACGGCCUCGAAGUACUUUGAGGUCGACGCCAACUUCGAAGGAGGAGACCACAGUGAUCGGACCCAAAUGCCGGGCGCUCUAAUGGAGGAUCCGGUUUGUGCCGUGUGUGGCAAUUCGGGUCCCAAGAAGUGCUCUCGCUGCAAAGCCGUUAGAUACUGCUCGCAAAAGUGCCAAGAAAAACAUUGGAAAUCAGGGCAUAAGACAGAAUGCAAAAACACAUUGAGUAAUUCUAGAUUUAAAACUUCCAGCGGUGGGGGUAAAACUUUCUCCGGACUCGCACUUGUUCCCAUUCGUGGAAUUUCUAAGCAUAUCAAGAAGCCGAAAGAGAUUCUUUUUCCUUAUGAUGAAUUUGUUCAACUUUUCAAUUGGGACAAGCUCGGAUUUCCUCCUUGUGGACUCUUAAAUUGCGGAAACAGUUGCUUUGCCAACGUGGUUCUACAGUGUCUUUCAUCCACUCGGCCGCUUGUUGCCUACUUGUUAGAGAAGGGCCAUCGGAGAGAAUGCAUAUGUGAAGAUUGGUGCUUUCUUUGUGAAUUUCAAACCCAUCUUGAAAGAGCAAGCCAAAGUUCCCAGGCCUUUUCACCAACCAACAUUAUCUCUAGAUUACCAAAUAUUGGUGGUAAUCUUGUCCAUGGGAGGCAGGAGGAUGCUCAUGAACUCAUGAGGUUUGCCAUUGAUACAAUGCAGUCAGUCUGCCUUAGUGAGUUUGGUGGAGAGAAAGCUGUACAUCCUAGCACUCAAGAGACAACCAUUAUUCAACAUAUAUUUGGUGGCCUGCUGCAAUCUCAGGUGAUUUGUACAAAAUGCAAGAAUAUAUCAAAUCGGUAUGAUAAUAUGAUGGAUUUAACUGUCGAAAUUCAUGGGGAUGCUUCAUCAUUGGAGGAAUGUCUAGACCAAUUCACCAUCAAGGAGUGGCUUGAUGGAGAAAAUAAGUAUAAAUGUGAUGGGUGCAAUGACUAUGUCAAGGCUUGGAAGCGUCUUACUGUUAAGCGCGCUCCAAAUAUUCUCACAAUUGCCUUGAAAAGAUUUCAGAGUGGGCGGUUUGGGAAAAUUAACAAGAGAGUAACAUUUCCUGAAACUUUAGAUUUGAACCCCUACAUGAGUGAAACGGGAGAUGGUGCAAACAUCUACAAGCUUUAUGCCGUUGUUGUACAUGUGGAUAUGCUAAAUGCUUCAUUUUUCGGACACUACAUCUGUUACACCAAGGACUUCGGUGGAAACUGGUAUAGAAUCGAUGACUGUAAGGUUGCGACUGUAAAUUUGGAAGAGGUGCUUUCCCAGGGUGCAUAUAUGCUAUUAUAUAGCAGGUUGGAUGCUCUAAAUGAUUCUGGUUGCCUGUUGUUGUGCAGGGUUCAGCCACGAGCAUCUUGUCUAACCCUUGAACCUCCAAGGAAAACAGAGGAAAUGAUCGAUGUUGAAGUACAGCCAUGCCGUAAAGAACAAGUUGAAUGUUCCACUGUUGAGCCUGCAGAUUCUACAUGCCAUUCUGGGUUUGUACCAUCUGACACUAGUCUGCCUCCGCAGAUUUCCAGCUGUGUAGAAGACUCAAGUGCUGUAAUCAUUCCUGAAGCAGUAAGAGAACGUUCUGAUAAUGCAGAUCUUAGCCUUAAAUCACCAUCAUCUGUUCCAAAAGAGGUUUGCAUAGUUGAAAAUAAUACGCUUAGUUCCAUGUCGAGUCCAUCUGUUUCAAGGGAGAGGGAGAUUUCUAGUUGCGAGAAGGUCCCUGCUGGUAAGUUGGAUUUAGAUACAGUAAGAGGAGAUCCAGUUGUUAUAGCUAUACCUAAUGGUGAGUCAUGUCGGCCUGUUUUGGACGACGUAUCAGCACGCUGUGAGAAGUAUCUCUCUUCUUCAGGUGGUGAAUAUGUAAAUGGCAAUUCUGAAGACAUGGAUAUCGAUAAUUGUCAGUCAGGUUCAUCGGUUGCAGAGGACAUUGGAAUUUGCAAGAACAAUGGGCCGACAUAUGCAGAUGGAAUCACUUCUCCAGUUGCACAUUCUGGUUUCCUGAAUGGGAAUGGAGUCUGUAGAGUAGAAAAAGUAGACAAAGGUUAAAUAAUCAAGGUGGACUUCUUAACACAUAAUUAUUUUGUCCAUAAUUUUUAAUGAUCCCCUCAUCACCAGAAGGAAAAGAUUGAGCUGGGAAUUUUUGCCUGGGGUUUUCAUUAUUUACAGAAAUCUCAGAUUCUGCAUAACACUUUAGUUGGGAGAGUCACUGGUAAGGUGAUUGAAUGUAAUCUGGUCAUAAGGAGUUGGAAGAGGAAUUCUUUGUCUCUGUACUUUGAAUUAAUGUUAUCUUCAUUGGAAAUAUGAAGUGUUUCUUUUUCUUCCUUGCCCAA